AUGGGGUUUGUCGAGGCCGCGACCGUCCUUACCGGCAGGACGACAGUACAGCGGUGCCCGUUCGGCCUGCGCCUUCAGCCUGGCAACACAUGCAUGUCGACGGAAACGUAUGCCGCCGCAGGGUCGUGGGCGUACAACGUCCUGCGCAUCGCGUGCUGUGUCCUGGGUCUGCUGUCGCUCGUGGCGUCCAUGUCCAAGCUGUACCAUAUUCGACGAGGCAACGGCUCGACUAUUCAACACCAAGUGUACAUGUUACUCGUCGUGGCGAGCAUCACAUUUGUCGUGCGAGCAGUCGACCCGCUCUCGUACGAUUACAUCUACCCUCCCGUAGUCAGCGGCUCGCUCUCCGACGUGUGCUCUGCCUGCCUCUACACUAUCAUGACGUUGUACGCUACGUUCUACACGCGUGUCGUGGUUGUGGCGCCGACGAUCGCGACCCAUCCCGAGGACGUGCCGCCUGAGCACGCCGUCGUCGACUUUGCCAUCCAAGGGUUUCAGUGGCUCGCUAUCUUCCUCACGUGGAUCGUGUUUGUGGCCGUGCGGCUUGUGUACUUGCUUUUGAAUCCAGACCAGCACAAUUUUGACGCGUGGUAUGUCCUGAUGCAAGACUCGAUGGCGCCGGUGCUCCUCCUCGGCAUCUCAACGACAGCGCUCGUGUUUGGGCUUCGCAUCUACCGCCGCCUGCGCCACAUUCAACAAGCAAACGCCCGCGCAGCCAUCAUCGCGAGCGUCCGUUACAACGCGGCGGCCACCCAGUCGGGCAUCGAUCCACCACAGCGACGACACAAAUCCAACACCGCGGACCCCAUUGUCCUCGAAGGCAAUCCCAGCGCAGUCCGCCAUCUCGGCGACACCGCGUCGAACACAGGCGCCGGAUCGAGUGUGCGCAUCUUUCGAGUGCUCAUGCUGAUGGAGGCCUACGCGGUCGCUGUCAUCGCGCUGCACAUCACGCGGCUCGUGCGGUUUGUGGCUGUGGAUGAGUGCCGCUUGACCAAAGAAUUCUUGGCAUCGUCGUCUGUCGCGCACGGGGCGGCCGCGUUUGCCAUGGAUGUACCUGUCGAGCCCAUCGUGCAAUACGCUGGCGUGGUGCUCGUGUACUGGUCGUUUGGCAAGACGAAGCCGUCGGCAGAGGACGACACUCGAAUGCGGCCUUGCGUCACCCCCACGGAAGACCUCCACGACGACUCGUUGGCCGUUCGACUGGUCGAUCCACAAGGCGCAGACCAACCAGUCUUGACCGGGGCAUCCAACGACAUGGCGUCGACCGAUUCGACAAGGACCCAUUGGAUCGAACGCGUGCUUCUCCACACCGCGUCAUCGGCCAUGGCGACAUCAAACUAG